AUGUUGAGUGUAACUAAAUCAAUUUCAUUAUCCGUUAGUGAUGACUCUAAAAUCAAUAUUACCUCAUCAUCCAAUAAUAAUAAUAACAAUACAACAGCAACACAAACCAAACAUCGGUCCCUGAAGGAACAUCAACACAAGUAUCACAAUAGAUUUCUCUCUGAUGCCUCAACAAUUACUACAACAACCUAUGCCGGAUUGAAUUCAAACUUCUCACCCAAUGUAUCAUUUGUGAGUUUAAAUCCCCAACAGAAUAUCACCUACAUUAUCACCAAUAAGAGUAAUUCUAAAACAGAGUCGGAUCAUGAUUUGAAUAGUGUUAUUGAGGAGGGAGCUGAAACAGAGAGGAUUUUGGAUUUACAUAAUGGUUACGGUGAUGCCAAUACAAUUGUUUUAGAUCAAAAGUGGUCACUCUUCCGAGAUGUCAGAGUUUUGAACGAACAAUUGGAUAAUUUAAUUGGAAAAUACUAUAAGGACGAUGAUAGGGAUCCAACAUGUGCAACAACAGAAGAGUAUGAAACACUUCUUGCUAAUGAAAUGACAAAACGAUUGGAAAUUGCUCAAAUUCACAGAGAACACAAACAGUUUGCCGAAUCUUUUGCCCAACUGUCUAGGGUUGAGGAGUUGGCCACCAAUAAUCAAUAUGGUAAAUUUGUACCAAAAAUUGAACUGCUACACUCGAAAUGUCUAUUCCUCAAAUCCAUUAUCCUCAAACAAAAGAAAAAAGUUGACGAUGCAAAUGAAUAUCUGGAAAGUGCACAGGAGAAAACUGAUGCUCUUCUGCAAUCUGUUGCUCCAUCUGAUUUUAUUUGCUCAAAUUCACCAUCAUUUAUUGUACUGUCCACACGGAUUUUACAUUCAGAAAUUUUACUGUGUUUGGCAGAGGAAAUGAUCAAUUCACAAGAUAUGAGUGAGAUUAUCAAACCUACUUUUAAUAGUCUCGAAAUGACAAUUAGUGAAAAGAAAUACUUGUACAAGGUAUUGGCAUCAUUUCUUGUGCCUGCUCUUCGUGAUUUGACGUCGUACACUUCGACAGGUUUUGUCUCUGUGUUAAAUCUCGAAGUUUUUCUCUUGAUUGUAUAUUAUAUGGGUAUUUGUUUGCGAGCUCUUUCUGAAAUGGAAUUGGCAAAACGAGUUUUACAUUUGGUCAACAGACUUGGAAAGGGAAGUACAUUGAUUUUUUCAUCUAUGGAGGAAAUUGACAUGCCUGAAGAUGCAUGUAGUGAAAACUUUAGUGAAUUGGAACUUGAAAUUUAUGGAAAGAUGGACAAGGUUCUGAAAGAAAUCGAGCAAAAAGAAAAAACCAAUACCGAUCUUCCAAAGAAAUCCAAGUGGCAAGAGGAUAGUGAUGAAAGUGAUAGUGAGAGUGAUUGGGGAGAUGAAAUUGAUUUUAAUUCUGCUCCAAAAUCUUCAUUGGCUGGGAUUUUAUUUGGAGAUAAAACAGACGACAGGGAAUCUAAAGAUGAAGAAAAUGAUCUUUUCGAAGAAGAAUUCUUCCCUAACAAGUAUAGACUCUUUAAAUCGAGGACUUACAAGGAAGAGCUAAUGCUACCAGAAGUUGUUUUAACUAAAGGAUUGAUUGGUGGAAAAUCAUUCCAUGAAGGAAAACGUGAAUUGUUGCUGUGGUUUCAAUCUCUAAUACCUAAAAAAGUCAAAGAUCAGAAUGUGAUUGACUCUUGCUCUAGAGAUGAUUUAACAAAUUUUCUCCUCUCGAGGUUGGAGAAGAGAGUGCAAAGCUAUGACUUUUCAAUGGAGUUUAUUGAGAAUUUCUAUGAAAUUUGUUACAGACUGAUUCAUAUUGCAAAGGAGCAAAUUACUACUCAGAGUAUUCUGGUUAAAUUUUUCGAAAAUAUGACACCUGAAGUUGUUAACAAACUCGCUCUAAAUGAGAGAGCAUACCUCUUUCACAUUUGUGUAGAUUUAUUGAAAAGUGCAAAUUCUACAAGAUUAUUCAAUUUGGAAGAUCCAAAACAGAGUGCUCAAUAUACUGAAAUGAUUUCCCUGCUGUUCAAUGCUUAUCCAACUCAGAGAGCAAGCAUUAUUGUUCUCCAAUGUGAAAUUCAAAUCAAGUACCACAUAUUCCAAUUAGAAACUGGCAUGUUCCCUGAUUUUGACAGUAUUAGCGAAGUUUUUACCACUUUGGCCAUGAUUUUCAAUGAAGUCUUUGACAUACCAGAGGAAGGAAUGGAAAAUAAUGCACUCUUCUACUCUGUAGUUGAUCAAAAGAUUAGGGAUGCACCUAUUUUUGUUGGCUCCUCAACCAUGGGUACCACAUUCAAUUCCCCCUAUUUUAGCUUCCCAAGCUUGUGUGACUGUGGAGCACUAAUUGUAACAUUAUUAGAAUUGUAUGAUUCUACAUUGAGAAAACAUGCUGGCUCUGAGACAUGGAUACCUCAAUUCAGACAUCCACUAUUAAGUUCUCACGAGAGAAUUGCUGUCAUGUUCAGCAAAUUUUACAGUAGAAUGGGUAUCUCAAAGAACAAAGCCUAUGUAGCUUAUUCGUUGGGAUCUUUUUGGGCCAAACAGGGUGAUUCUGACAUGACCAGACUUGGAGAGUGUGCACUUUUUGAAAGUGUUUAUCUAUUCCAAAAAUGUCCUCCUCUUUGUGUGGGAAUUCCAACAAUUGUAAGUGCAGAAGCACUUAAAGCAAUGAGAAAAUUUGGAGACGCCCUCUAUUCAAACAGAAAGCCACAGUAUGCAUCAAUUAUUUACGAGAUGUACACUCAAAACUAUAGACUUCUCUCCUCAGAUCAUGACUACAAGUUUAUUGAUGAGUUGGCAGCCCUUGCCGUUAAGAGUGAUGAUUGGAGUAGAUCCAUCAGAUAUUAUACCAUCCUGAAUGAAAAAGCUUGCCGUGACAAACGUGUGGCAGUAAUUGCAAAUAUUUCCUCAAAAUUAUCUGCCUUAUUUAUGGAAAAAGGUGAAUUCAGAAAUGCUGAGAGAGUUAAAAGAGAUGCUCUGGAAACGAUCAAAUCCCUCUCAUCAUCAUUUGAUUUCAAGAUGGAACUUGAAAUUGAUUAUGCUAAAUUACUCUUAAAUGGUGGAAAUUUAGAAAGAUGUGUCAAUAUUUGCCUUGGCCUCAUUCAAUCUUCACUCUCUAUCAAAAAUCCAGAUCUCUACAUUACUCUGGCUGAGGCCUAUUUAAAAAAGAAAUGGUUCAAGGAAUGUGAAAGGGUUUUAAAAGAAUUGGAAAUGAUUAUGGAGAAUAACUUUAUGCAACUUCAGCAACAACAAGAAAUGAGGUUACUAGAAAUUAUAACCAAGUACUAUAUGAAGAGGUCAAUGUUUGGAAACUCCAUUGAGACAAUCAACAUUGCUCUCUAUAGGUGCAAUAGAACAUUUUCAACACUGGCUCAACUCUUCAAACUGAAAGGAAAAAUAUUGAUGAGUGUUGCCAAAUGGAGUCAUCCAAUAUCUUUCCCAAAUGAAUUGAUACCAUCAGAGAAAGAUAGGCUUUCAAUUUUGACACUGAUUCAAAAAUCAGAAGUUCUCAGAGAUGCACCAAAGGAAAAAUAUCUCUAUUCCAAGAGACCUGUUUAUGAUUCUUUGGCUAUAAUUAUUUCUGACUCUGUAGAUUGCUUCCAAAAAGCAAAGAAAUAUUAUGAAGCCUGUUCGAAUGAGAUUAGCUUAGCCAAGAUGGACAUUUUGAUCGCCCAAGUCUUGGUUGACUAUAUGUUUACUCCAGUUACUGUCAUGUCUAAAAAGCCAGAAGAUUAUCUUGAUCUAUGUUCCAAUGAUUCAAAAAUGACAUACAUUGACCUUGAAGAAGUAUUUAAUGAUUAUAUUGAACCAACACUUGAUGUUGCUGUAACUGCAUCUGAUGUAUUUAUGUGUAUGGAUGUGAAUUUAACUGCAGCCGAAUGCAGAUAUCUCCAAGGAAGAACACACAGUUCUAAAAAGUAUUGGUGUGAAAUGCGAGACAUUUUCUUUACUCUCUUUGUUGACAAUAGUUCUCAGGUUGUUGUUUCGAGUGGAGCUACCCCUGCAAUGCUAGAAAAAAUUCUACUACUCUUGAAACGUUGUGUUAGAUUAUUGCUACUCUUUGAAACUACCUUCAUUAAUACCAAUAUUGGAGUUUUUGAUACAUUCUACAUAUUAUCAAUGGAAUAUGAAAUGUCAUUGAAGAGAACUCAAGAACCUACCUGUCUCUCCAUUGAACAAAAUGAUGCCAAGGUCACUAGAAUUUCCUGUUUCAUUGAUCCAGAAUUAUUGGAUAAAAACAAGCCGUAUGAAGGUCUUAACAAAGUGAACACUCCAUCAACAUUAACAUUGCCCCUCAAGGGAUUUUCCUUUUCAUCCAUGUUGAGAUCACCAACUCUAAAGUCCUCACUGGAUGCCACCUAUAAAAUCGAACCAAAAGAAGACUCUCACAGAACACAUCUCAAGCACAGAGUUUGUGAAAGAUUAUUCUAUUGCUUGUUGAGUAUGAAGUUUGAUAGAAGAAAAUAUCCAGGAGAAAUUGAUGGUCAAUUGAGAUUUAAGAAUCAACAAUCCAUGAGAAGAUUGUAUAACUUGAUGAAUGCUGUUAGAGAAAGCAAACUCUCAACUCACAAAAAGAGAUCAUUCUACAACAAGAGCUCCAAACUUUCAAAUGACAGUACAAAGACUAUUAAUUCCAUAGAGUUAUUAGAUUCAUCCAAUUUGACAUUACUUCCAGGUGAUAAAUCUGUAGUAGAGUCACUGCUGUCAACAUUCAAUGAGUCUAAAGGUGUGCUUAUUUCAGGAACAUUGAAGAAUACUAUGAAUUUGCAAGUAAUAGACGCUAAUACCCACAAUGCCAAUGUACAAAAGCAAGCUUCCCUAGCCCCAUGUCUCACUCCUCUUAAACGUGCUUUUAAGAAAUUGAAGAAAACCAAAUGCUUUGAAAGAAUUGUUCUCCUCUCACAUUUUGAUAAUGUCAUUAGUUUUUACAUUCCUAACUUGUUGCAGAAAAAGUUUGUAUCAUUUGGAGGUAAACUUUUCCUGAAUACUGAGCAUGAUGUAGCAAAGGUAAAUGAUACUUUUGAUCCUAAUGCUUCCUUCAGUAGACUCCUUGGUUCCGUAUCUACCAAUAUCUUUUACAAGACCAUUCAUAGCAUGGAAAAAACAGAAGAUGUUAGCAUGUCUGAAUUUAUCAAGGCAAUAAUCACAGAGAGUAUGAGAGAUAAGAAGGAAAAGAUCAUGAACAAGUCCAACAUUGCCAUGUUGAAAGACCACUUCUCCUCAAUCAACGACAUUCUUUCGUACAAACCUGAUCCUGUCCAAUUUUUGGAAAAUGCUGAAUAUAUGAAAAGGAAUGGAUUUGACAAGUUUAACUAUUGCUCCAGUAUGAAUCAAAAAACGAGUACUUUUACAAAAAAGAAGAGUGUUCCAAUGCCAAAACCAGAAAUGAUUCCAACUCCUUCGACACCUAUCACUCUCAUUGCUCCAACCUCUCUGCAAGCAAUUCCUUGGGAAUUAAUAUUUGAGGAGAAUGCAGUAAGAUGCAUGUCAAUUAGGGAUAUAUUAACGAGAAGUAAGAAGCGAGUGGAAUCUGGUUUCGUUCCAAAAAACAAGACAAGACCAAAAUUCUUUUGCUUUUACUCUAGUGACGAUCCUAAAUUUAUUCAAUCAGCAGAGGAUGAGAGAAAGUACUGGAUUUGGAGUAAUGUCAUGUGUGAAAAGCUCCAUCUAGUACCAACAUGUGAAACUAGAGAAAAUGAUGAUGUUAAAAUCAACAUGCCAUUCCACAUUCCAAUUGUAAAAUACGGAAAGAAACCAUCAAGCAAAUCAUACAAGAAAAAGUACGAACAUAUUGAGUUUUUGAAAUUAUCCAAAGUGCUCUCUGACAUUCCACGAGUUAUCAAAUCAGUCGAAUCAUCCAUAGAAGAUGAUCAGUAUCCUGUAUUCCUCUUCCCUUGGACUGACCUAUUAGAUGCCACUUCACUUCAUCUUCAAAUCACUCAAUCUCUCCCAUCAAGCAUGAUGACCUUUGUUCCAGAUGGUUGCUAUAGAAAAUUUGUGGAAUUCCUCAUGGUAAUGUAUGAAUGUUAUUGGAGUGAAACAACCUCUCUUCCAAUGCAACCUCUCACCAGCAAUACUUCAAGCACUGGAUCAUCACCAGAACCUGCUCCUGAACUCAAACUCACAAAAUUCCUCACUCAAUGUUUAUCCAUUCUCAGAAAUGAAAAGGAAUACUCAAUGCCACUCAUCAUGUUCCCUUAA